CCGACCCUUACAUUGAGCAAUAAUCCAAUCCAAGUGCAAGUAGCAGGAAGUUCAAAGGUCGACGGAGGGAGUUGCAACUUAUGGCACAGCCGCCUCCUAGCUUGGUCACGGCGGCUACUGCUCGAGAAGUGGCCAUGGAUGCCAAAAUGAUGGUGGCCACCGAUCAUGGGGAUUGCCAGCGCCUGAAAGAACUGGUGAGCAAGGAGGAAGCUACUACCAUGGUGGUGGUAAUAUCUAGGCAAGAAGCACCGGCCAAGAAGCCUACACCGGCGAGCAUGCACCCGCUGCUAGCAGAGGCCGCAUGCAGAGGCGACUGGGAAGAAAUCAACUUUCUUCUCGACAGGGAAGACCUGCAAGAAGGGCAUUCAAGUAAGACUCCUAGCCAAAAGUUUCUUGACAAGCUAGCGGCAUAUCCUCCCUCAGGUCAUCGAGCCAACGGAAGCUCGGCGAUGCAGCCAGGGCCAGCUGCUACUGACGUGGAAGAAGGCACCAGUGCAGCGUCUCUUCUCAAGGGUGUUACCGUGGAGGGAGACACCGCACUGCAUUUGGUGGCAGCCAAUGGGGAGGACAGUAACUUUGUCAAGUGUGCCGCCCUCAUACACGGCAAGGAUCAAGGUUCCCUGUCCAGGCAAAACUACAAGGGUGACACGCCGCUGCACUGUGCUGCAAGGGCAGGGAAGUCCCAAAUGGUCUCUCAUCUUAUUGAUCUAGCAACUGCCGAGAAUAUUGUUCAGGAGCUCGUACGACAGGAGAACAAUAGUAACGAGACCGUUUUGCAUGUGGCUGUCCGUAAUGGGUCUCAUCAAUUGGUCCAGGAUUUAUUGGCAACCGAUCCAAAAUUGGCUUGUUUUCCCCAAGAAGGCACUUCACCACUGUAUGUAGCAAUCCUACUGGAACGCAACACCAUUGCAGAGACGCUGUAUGAGGAAAGUGAAAAUAAUGUUAUAUCUUAUUCCGGCCCAAAUGGACAAAAUGCAUUGCAUGCUGCGGUUCUGCGAGGCCCAGAGCUUACAAAAAAGUUAUUGAGGUGGAACAAGAAUAAGGACCUUACAACAGAAAGGGAUGCAAAUGGUAGUACUCCACUUCACUUUGCAGCAGGCCUGUGGGGGGCAGGAAAUCGAGGAAGCGCAUGUACACAAGUGUUUGACGCCACCACAUCUGUACUCUACCUACCGGACAAUGAUGGAUUAUCUCCCAUACACGUGGCGGCCGCUGCGAAGGCGUCCGGUGCCAUUUUUUCGUCCCCAAAAAUUCCCAUUGCCAAGUUUGUGAGCAAAUGUCCCAGUAGCGCCGGUUUGCGUGACGCUAAGGGGAGGACGUUCCUUCAUGUUGCUGUUGAGAAGAAGAAUGUGAGGGUGGUCAGAUAUGCUUGCAGAGAUCCAUCUCUAGCAUGGAUUAUGAAUAUGCAAGACAACCAAGGGAACACUGCACUUCACUUGGCUGUAAAACAUGGAAGCCUUGAUAUAUUUCGUCUUCUAUUUGGGAAUAGGCAAGUCAACUUGAAUUUAACAAAUGAGGACGGGCAAACUCCUCUAGAUAUUGCACGAUAUAAUGUUCGCCCGUCUUUCUAUGAUGCAACGGCGGACCCUGAAGUGUGGAUAUACAGGGCUCUCAAAUUCGCCAGGGCUAGAGGAGGUGCGUCUCGUGAGGAUCAUUUUGAUGAAAACUAUGAAGAUCAUCACGGAGUAAAGACGAACUACAAAGAAAAAGAGCUGGAGAUGUUGAAGGAUUCGACACAGUCCCAAUCCAUUGGCCCGGUUCUAAUCGCCACCGUGACAUUCGGUGCGAUGUUUGCCUUGCCUGGUGGUUACAGAGCUGAUACUAGUAAAAACGGAGGUACACCUACACUGGCUGGGACGUUUGCCUUUCAUGCAUUCAUGAUAGCCAACACACUAGCCUUCAUCUGUUCCAUAAUUGCUACCCUUGCUUCCAUGUAUGCUGGGUCUGCAAGGCUUAACUUGGGGAGACGCAAAGACCACUUUCGCCACAGCAUUACCUUUAUGCAUGAUUCCAUCAUGGCGUUGGUAGUUGCCUUUGCACUCGGUGUGUACACAAGCCUAUCUCCUGUCUUUCCAAAGACUUCCAUUGCGAUCUGUGUCAUGAGUCCUCUUGUAGUGCUAUACAACUUCAAGGACUUUUGGCUGAAUUGGGCCCAUUUUGCAGUACCAUUGUUUGUUAGGAAAGGGGCAAUCUGGACAUUACGGGUGUACACACAGAUAGUCCUGGUAAAUAUGUUCAGCGUAUCUUGGCUCAUACUAGUGUUUGUUUUGGCCGCCUAUGGAAGGGACCAUCCCAUUUCAAAGGCGGUAUCGCCAGCACAAGCUCCAGCCAUGUCUGCCUGAAGACAGCUGAUGAAUAUAUCAUCAUCAUGUGCCGUGUCUCCACUGUUCAUAAUUAUUUUCUAUUUUGAAACUCCCCCAGUCUAGUCUGUUGUGCUUGUAUCUUACUGUUUAAGACUUUGAGCUCAAUACUGUGAUUUAAAGCUGUGAACGAAGGUUGUAUU